GGCGGGGUCAUCAACCUUAUCAGCUAAAUCUCCACAGCUUCUGAACGCGGAAUGAAAGCCGCUGUGUUAUGUGACGAAAUAUGGUGGCGGAACGACGAGCAACAUCAAUUAUCUGCAUCGGCUUUACAAAUUCCAUAGCCGGUAUUCUCCAAUUUUGUGCCGCAGAUAUAUAUAUUGUGUUUCCCUCGUAUUGAAGCAAUUGCCCAUCCGUCAUCAAUGUCAAGUAGGAGAUUGACAGCCAGGCAGGUAUUCAAAACUUCAAUCCGUCCCUCGCUGCCAUCCAACCUCAACCACUUCUUCUCAACCACAAAACCCAUCUCUAUCUCCAUCUCCAACCUCCACCCUUCAGCAACCAUGUCCUCCACCACCCAACAACGUGCCGACGCCGAAAAGCUCAUCAACCGCAACCCGCACCGCGAUUUCAAAGCCGUCGAAGCAUCUCGUUCACCCUGGGACGCAUCCCGAUCCUGGAAUCUCACACAAACCAUAUCUCCCUCCUGGAAACUCGGAUCUGGCGCCAACGACAACGGCGAGUCUCUCAAGAUCCCCCACGUCGAAAUCGAUCCCUACGAAGAAGGCCGCCCCGCAGUCUACAACUACAAGUUGCUGAUCUCCUCCAUCAUUCCACGUCCCAUUGGCUUUGUCAGUACGCGCAGCGCGGACGGGAAAUUCACAAAUCUAGCCCCGUUCAGUUAUUUCAACAUGAUUAAUCACGACCCCCCACUUUUCACCUUGGGAUAUGCAGGAGGAUUGGAGAAUGCGAAAGAUUCGUUGAAGAAUCUCAAGGAGACGGGUGAAUGCACCAUCAAUAUCAUCUCGGAGCAUUUCGUCGAAGCGGCAAACUCUACUUCGAUUAAUGCACCGUAUGGCGAAUCGGAAUGGGCAUUCAGUGGACUGACGCCCGCUCCGUGUACAACUGUCAAGACGAGUAGAGUGCUAGAAUCACAUUUUAGUGUCGAGGGAAAACUGGAGAGUUUGAAGGAAUUUGAGAGCAAAGCGACGCCAGGCAAGAAGACGGGCGUUUUGGCAAUUAUCGAGGGAACCAGAUUUUGGGUUAGGGAAAAUGCCAUCAAUGAAGAGAAGAAUAUUGUUGAUCCGGCAGUCCUGAAACCAAUCUCAAGAUUGGGAGGGAUUACUUAUGGGAGAACUGUAGAUGGAACAGAAAUUCCAAGACCGGAUUAUGACACUGCGGUUGGUAAGGAUGAGGAGGCGAAGAAAUUGGUGAAGCCUAAGCUUGAUGGUCAAUGAUUUGCUUGUAUAUUGAUUUUGAGAGGUAGAGGAUUAUCAACAUUGGCAGUUCAUGAAAGAAGAAUAGAAUAUCAAGUAGAAAAUCAUGUAGUUGUAUAUCAAAUCGACUGCAUAUAGAUGACAUGCUACAUAGGCUGCAAACGCAUACUCUGUUGCAAAAAUUCACCCCUAUAUACCUUGUCUCGAGACUUUCAAGAAAUUCCACCAGCCAACCGUCCUUUGAUGAAACGUUCUCCCAUGAACAAGCCUCCGACCGAGAUAUACAAGGGUAUUACCUUCCUCCAGGCAAAAAUGCAUACGUAAAGCA